AUGAAUAUCUCCUUAUCAUCAACAAUACUUAAUAAGCCUGAGCCGUACGCACCAGACCGAUCAAAAAGCCAGAGUUCAAAUUCUUCUCGAAACAAGCAAAAUCCAUGCAUGAAUCGUCUCAAAGGUUGA